ACCACAAAGGCUCUUCCUGCUUCUUUGACAGUUUGUUUUUCUGAGUUUGACUUCAGUCUUUUUCCAACACACUAGACACGGCAUCUUUUUGACUGAGCACAAUUCAACUGAGCUGUCACAAUGAAAGUAGCAGCCUUCAACGGGAAGAACCUGGGAAUAAAAAAGGUCAAAGACAAAGAUGUUUGCAAGCAUCUUAUCGAGAUCAUCUCUCGGUACAGUGUGGUGAUAUUACUCGAGGUGGUGGAUAAAAAUGGUGAAGCCAUGAAGCUGUUACUGAAAACACUCAACAGCACUGGUGAUAACAGUAAACAUCCCUACUCCAUCAAAGCCAGCACUUCACUUGGGCGGCAAACCUACAAGGAGCAGUAUGUUUGCCUCUACAGAGAGGAUGAAAUAAAACUAAAAGACUGUAUGCAGUAUGAAGACAAUCAAGUUGGAGAUGAGGAUGCCUUCGCCAGAGAGCCCUUCAUCCUGCGCUUCAGCUGUCCCACCACAGUUGUGAAAGACCUGAUCCUGAUUCCAGUCCACACCAAGCCAAAGGAUGCACAGAAAGAGCUGGAUGAGCUUUAUGAUGUGGUGCAGCAUGUCAGGAAGAAGUGGAAAACUGACAACAUUAUGCUUUUAGGGGACUUCAAUGCAGAUGGACGAUAUCUCUCCCAAAAAAAGAAGGAAAGCAUCCGUAUCUACUCUGCAGCGUUUCACUGGCUGAUAGACGAUGAUGUUGACACCACAGCUAGCAACAACAAUGACAACACCUAUGACAGGAUCGUGGUGUAUGGAGACACCAUGGAGGAAGCCAUCGUCGCCCGGUCUGCCAAUGCAUUCAACUUCCAGAAAGCAUUCAAGCUCACUGAUGAAGAGGCUCUCAACAUCAGUGACCAUUACCCUGUGGAGGUGGCACUGAAGGCCCAACCAGCAGCAAAGAGGAAGCAACAACAGCCAGCUGCAUCCAAGACACCAACAAAAAGAAGACGUUAGGACAUGCACCAAAUUGCUAUUUCAUUAACUUGCCAUGUUUACUCUAAGAGGCUUCAUUAAUUUAAACUGGACUGCUGGAGCUCAGUAAAGGUUCUGCUGUAUUUCAGUUAUCAGUUUAGAAAUCUUCUUGUAAUAAAACAACCAUCAUUCAAUGAUAAAAAAAUAUCUUUAAAAAAAAGAAAAAACUUGUUUUUCCUAUUAGUCAUAAGAAUCCUGACAGUUUAUUAAUUCUCUUUGGGGUCACUUUUUAUAGGAUGAUGAAUAUUUCAUAUUUCAAACACAGACAGGUACAACUUUCUAAACUCUGUAUGAUUUUUCAAUACUUGUAGGCAACACUGUAGAAGGAGUCAAGGGAUGAUCAGUCAGUAUGUAUCAGUGGCCUCAGCAAAGGCCAGGACACCACCUCCACCAUCACAGAUACCCAACAGAAUGAGCAGUGACACACACAUGAACACACAUACACAUCACACAGCACCAAAUGACCCUACAAAGUUCACCCCGGCCUUAAAAAUGGGUUAACAAACAUACUAGAUAUUUGGACUUACAACUAAAGGUAGUCUACCGUGAGGGAGCCAAGUCUGCGAUCUGUUUUUAAGUAUUCAUUUGGUCACAAUUGCUGGUCCAAAUGAAACAUGUUGCUAUCGUUACUCAUGCUCUUCCGUCCCAUGAUACUGCUUCUUAAACAUUCCACCUCCAUCAGUGGAGGACAAAACCACUGACAGCCCACAUGAUCCAAGCAUCAUCAAUGACAGAGGUAUUCAGCUACUAAAGUUUUGUUCUGUUUUGUUUUUUUUUAGCUUUCCCCUCCCUGCAGUGAAGAAGGUGAGCAAGAUUGUGUUCAGGGACAUGCCAGUUAGCAUUAUUACAGAGAGUCUGCAGGAACUUCUCUCUUUUUACCAUCUAAAAUAAUAAAAUGAAACUUUUUUAUUUACUGAAAUUAAAAAAUCAGUAAUAAGUCUGUAAUUGUACUGGGUACUUGGAAACACUGAGCUGUGUACCCUGACGUGUACACUUAGAUGUGUACACUGACAUUGAAUUACAGGCAUUAAAACACGUCUAUAAAUCUUUAUUAUUCCCAUAAAGGGAAAUUUAUUUCAAUUUAUUUUCAGGUCAAAUAAAGCUGUUUGAACAUACAGAACGUUCAAACACUAUAUCAAGAAAUCUCAAUCCUCUAAUAUUCUCAGAGAGAAAUAACAGUGUUAGAGCAGCUGAUAUUUAAUCCCAAUAUAUAAACCAACUAUCUAAAAAAAAUCAAUAAAGCAGGACCUCAUACACGGUUAAACAGAAGCCAUGUAGAAAAUAGUUCAGUGUGAAUGAUACAGGCUUCUCAAUGCAGAUUUGGGGUUCAUUUUACACUUCACACAGCUAGAGGUGCUGUUCUGUAGGAGGUGCUUCUUGUCAACCACUGUGUUAGAAUUAUUUAAAGCUAAAACUACAUUAUAGGGUACAAUGUGCACCGUCUAAAUAAUGUUUUAUUAAAGGUGAUAGUUGUGACUCACGUCUGGAUGCAAAUUAGAGGUGUACAAUAAUUUUAAACUUCUGUUAUAAUACUUUAAUAUUCCCAAUCUGGCUACACUGGGAAACUAAUUCCCGAAAAAAAAAAAAAAACUGUUGCCUACAUGUUUCCCCA